CCUCUCUCUCGCUCACUCGGUUUUUCCUGCCGGGUUGCUGCUGCUUUGCGCGCUGCGGGGCCACACUGCGACCGCACCGAGGAGGAAGAGGAGAAGGCGCGGAGCUAAAGGGGGGGCAGAGGUCCAGAUCUAGAGGAAGAAACAGCGAACCGAGGAGGAGGACCGAUUCCCGCACCGUCACGCACGGAUUAAAAAAAAAAAGAGGCAGAAGGCGGGACGCGUCACAGCGCUCUUCCUCCUUCCAUCUCUGCUCCGCGUCCAGGAGAAGAGGAAGAGGAGGACACCCGGAGGGAACCGCUGGGGAUCUCGGUGUCGGACAGCUCCCCCCCCCUCCCCGGAAACGGAUCAGGGCCGAUUCUCCGCUCUCUAGCAGCCGGACACCAUGAAGGACCGCACGGCGGAACUGCGAAGCGCUAAGGACAGCGAUGAUGAUGAAGAGGUGGUGCAAGUGGACAGGGACCACUUCAUGGAUGAGUUCUUCGAACAGGUGGAGGAGAUCCGAGGCUGCAUAGAGAAGCUGUCAGAGGAUGUGGAGCAGGUGAAGAAGCAGCACAGCGCCAUCCUUGCCGCGCCGAACCCUGACGAAAAGACCAAGCAGGAGUUGGAGGACCUCACAGCUGACAUCAAGAAGACAGCCAAUAAAGUUCGCUCAAAAUUAAAAGCAAUCGAGCAGAGCAUCGAGCAGGAAGAGGGUCUCAACAGAUCAUCAGCAGACCUCCGGAUCCGUAAGACGCAGCACUCGACGCUGUCACGUAAAUUUGUGGAGGUGAUGACCGAGUACAACACCACGCAGUCCAAGUACCGCGACCGCUGCAAGGACCGCAUCCAGAGACAGCUGGAGAUCACUGGAAGAACCACCACUAACGAGGAGUUGGAGGACAUGUUGGAGAGCGGCAAACUGGCCAUCUUCACCGAUGAUAUCAAGAUGGACUCUCAGAUGACCAAACAGGCCCUGAACGAGAUCGAGACCCGACACACCGAGAUCAUCAAGCUGGAAAACAGCAUCCGGGAGCUGCAUGACAUGUUCGUGGACAUGGCCAUGCUGGUGGAGAGCCAGGGAGAAAUGAUUGACAGAAUUGAGUACAACGUAGAACACUCCGUGGACUACGUGGAGCGAGCCGUUUCCGACACCAAGAAGGCCGUAAAAUACCAGAGCCAGGCUCGCAAGAAGAAGAUUAUGAUCAUCAUCUGCUGCGUCAUCCUCGGCGUGGUCCUGGCGUCAACCAUCGGCGGCACGCUGGGCUUCUAGGACGUUCCUCCACCUGCUGCCAUGAUGACUGACGCCGACCGACUGACCGACAGCCAGCAGAGAAAAGAAACAGCAACGACAACACAAAAACUUGAAACACAAAUGCAAGACCGACUACCAAUCAGCUAGAAAGAGAUAAUCCAAUCACAGAUAAGAGGAAACACCAGGGGUUUGGGCGGGGUACAAAAAGCAAAGAAGAAAACACAGUAAGACCAGAUUAUAGGUGACUUAUCCACACAACGUAUAAAAAGAGAGGGGAAAACAAACCUAUCUAUGUAAAUGUAUUGAACAUAUGAAGCAACAUGUGGGUUAGCUACCUGUAAAAAAUGAUAACCUAUAAUAUGAAGUUUUCGUUGUUGUUUGUUUGGCUGUUUUGUUAUGUUUUGAGGUUUUUUUGUUUGUUUUUCGGGAGUCUCCAAGGACAGUGACGGCUGCUGGGUGGGAGUUCUGUGGGGAAAAUCUGUGCUUAGGGUUCCUUCCGUCCAAUUCAGGACACAAACACCCAAUACGUCCAUGGAGAAAAACCGUUCCAGAUGUACUAGAAGGGAACGUUCUAGAGCUUGCCGUACAAUGCUCAUUUCUGAAGGGGCCAGGAACGUUUUUGGCCCACCUCUCAUUGGCUGCUUUGUCCCAUCAAUCACUUUGGUCAGCGUGCUACUGUUAGACCGUGAUAGGCGCCCUGAGAUGCGUUCACAGCCAGCUGUCUGGUUGGGGAAACACCACAUCGAUAAGGGGGGAGGUCAGACUCCCCAUAUUGUUGCCUUGAUCCAACCAAAGAGCUGAGGAGGGAGGGCCUCUGAUCGUCCUGGUUGUGCCGAUCGGCCAGUUUAUGGUGUAAAGGGAGGGCUAGGUGAGCAGUGGUCGGAUGUCGGGAAGGAGAUUUUAAAAGGAGGUGGGGGGAGAUGGACAGUUAAUCUAUGCAGUCUAGAUAAGAGAAAGACCACUGGUCCCGCCUAACCAACACUGAAAAAGCAGAUGAGAACCUGGACUUCAUAAAAAAAAAAAAAAACAGCCUGAUCCCAGCAGGGGGCGUCAUCCUCAAGCUGUUCUUCUGGAAGACUUUGCAAAAAAAUAAAAAAAAUAAUAGAAAAAUAAAGGAAAAGCAUCAAAACCAACAAGCAAGCAAACUGAGGUUCCCUGAGUGUGGCGG